AUGGAAAAUCACUGGGCUGCUGUUAAUCGGAUACUACGCUACUUACAACACACUCAAUAUCAUCGUAUUCACAUUCCUUGCUCAUCUAAUUUGCUACUUCAGGCUUUUACUGAUUCAGAUUGGGCAGGCUGCAUAGAUGAUCGCAAAACCACAGGUGGUUAUGCAAUCUAUUUAGAUGCUGCUCUUGUCUCUUGGUUCUUGGUCCUUGAAGAAACAACGCCUGUCUCUAGGUCCUCCACUGAAUCUGAAUGCAAAGCUCUUGCCAAUGCAGUUGCUGAAUUAACUUGGAUCCAAUCUCUCUUGUCUGAGUUAGGCGUGUGGCAUCACCUUGUUUGUCUUGAAUAUCUAGUCUCUGUGACACAUGUUAUGGAUUUUAAUUUCAAGAUAGAAUGGACCUUGAAUUGGAACUCAAUAAAAUGA